GCUGAAGCGAGCUUGGGAAUACUCAAAGAAUCGUCUGCCGGGCCCGAGCUAAGUUCUAAUAGUCCCGUCUCCAUAUCUACAUUCAUCCAGCCUUUCCUUCAUUUGCUGGACACUGGUCGCCUCCACCACCUCCUCCUAGACAAAAGAGAAUGGGAAAACUAUGCCAAACAGUUAAGAGAAAAUGGUGUAGCUCCUCCACCAACCGUCAAAAAGUCUCAGCCAAAGGUGCGGCCAAUGUCCAGCAGCAUGCUGGCUCACUACGCUGACAACCAGUACGACAGUUUCCUCCGUGACAUCCCUGACCCAGCGGACAGAACAUCUGGGCUGAAGGUCAAGGAGUGGUUGGCUUCACCCAGCAGCCAACACCAGAAGGACUUGGGGGACUUCACUGGUCAGGAGGAAGCCAGUAGAAAAGGGACAGUGAGUAACAUGGAAGAUGAUAAGGCCAGUGCAGGUGCUGAGGAUGGGUACAGCCAGGAGGAGGACAAUGUGGUUCCCCAAAAGAAGCAGAAAUGUAGUAAUGGUAAAGACCCUCCAUCCAUUAGCAAGAAUUGUGCCAAACAAGACAAUAGACGCGUUGCCAAGAAACCAUCGCUAGAACCCACAAAGCCUCCGCAGAAAGCAUUCUAUAUAGUAAGGAAAGAGCCUCUGGAAAGCAACAAGAAGGAAGAAAAGUCUCCUGACCCCACUGACCUGUUCUUUCAGAGUAUUGCAGCCACUAUCAAGAGAUUUACUCCCUAUCAUCAAAGUUUAUGCAAAAGUAAAGUUUUUGCAGUCGUCUCCGAGAUAGAGAUGAAAGAAAUAUUGGAGCAAGAUCCAUCUGCAGCAUCAGUCCUGGCAACUCCUGACUACACAGCGGGAGACUCCACAUUACAGAACUCUCAGGCAAUGGACUCCUCACCAUCAUUAACAGCUGACCAUUCAGAGGAAGCCUUGGAGUUUAAGUUUCAAUACGAGGAGCUCUAAACACUUGAAACACACAAACACAAAUGAUUCCCCUUAUGUAAUAUUUGUAUUCUAAGUAAAUUAACAAAAGUAA